GUGCACUGUACUGCUCAGAGUGGAUCCCUCCGUGUUACACUGUAGUUGAUGACCAAAAUGAAGCAGAAACUCGGGUGACUUUCCAUUUGGAGAGGUGGUGCAGCCAGGAGCCCAGUCAAACAAGUGCCCUUUGGAUUGAAGAAGGACCAAGCCAUGGCAGAAGCCCCUGUGAGCCAGGACAUCUUUGGUUCAAGGUCAACAAAAAACAAGGCAACAAGACCCUCUACACCCAAGCGACAACACAGAGAUGAUCGAGACAAUCUAGAGGAUCUGGAUGAGGAAGCGAAUUACAGCCUAAUCACGGACAGUGAAGAGAGUCCGGACGAAGAAAGUGAGGAUGAAUUUGAUGAGGAAACCUGGCUGAGCCAUGGUGAGAAAGCAGAUGAUGCAGAGAAUCAGUGGCAUGAGAUUUCCUUCAGCUCCUCAGAAUCAGAUGAGUCUGAAGAGGAAGCUGACUUCAGGGAUCUAGCCCUGAGAUCGAACAUCAACAAGAAAGGGGACAAUGAAGGGAAGAAUAUUGACAAGAUUUUGAAGUGGUUAUCAUCGUAUAUGGCUAGCCUAUUUUCAAAAUUCCGCAUGACCAGCCUGCUUUGUGACUUUGUUGAGUCAGAGUUCUUUGUCAUCGAUGGUGACUCCUUAAUGAUAAUGUUCGUCCACAAUGCAACUGUUGACCCUGGGCAGAACCUGCACUUUUUUUAUCUGGUGGAGAGCUUCCUGUUUGACUUGAUCCAAAAGCAGGCCAAGUUUAUCAUCACAUUCUUUAAGGAUGUUGAAUGUAUUUGGAACCAAAGUUGCAUGUACCUCUCGAUCCGUACGGCAUUGAUUCUCCACCUUCAGCACAACACCAAUAUCCCAGUCCACACGGAGUUCUCUAGCUGUUUAGAUCCCAAAUGGAAGACCUUCUUGAACAAGAACCACCCAUACUUUGUGAUGAUUUCUGAAGUAGCUACUCCGGGAGAAAAGAGGCCAUGUGUUGCCACCACACUGUUCCACACGCUGAUGAUUCACACACUGGGGAAUGGAAUUAAUGUGGUCCUUACAUCAGGAAUCAUCCAGGACAUUCUCAGAGUGCAUGGGUAUCACAAGACCAGCAACGCAACAUUAAUUUCUGUGUUUAAGCAGAGGGCAGCGGAUCUGAAACAUGCUCAGGAGCAAUUGCUGAGAUCUGUGCCGGAGUUUCACUGGCAAGUGUUUGGUACUGCGGAUGGGAAAAAACUGAUGGAUACUCUCCACAGUGAGAUUCACCGGACCUUCUCCGCCCUGAAGCUUCUGUGGCCCCAAGGAGCAGAUGUCCGAAAAAUUGUGUGCGUUGUGUCUUGCUCUGUGGCAAUGAAAAUCUAUGGCUGCAAGAUGGCAAUGGCCAAGUCAACAGGAGAAAAGACUGGAGCAUCAGGCAAAAAUGAGCAGAAGAAUCCUGAAGAAGUGUCCACGCAGGAAGCAAAGGAACUCUGCCGAAUGUACUGCCUACAUGUGGCUCUCCUCUGCAACCUUCCAUUGGCUCAAAGAGCUCUCAAGAGCAAGGCCAAGUGGCAAAAUUCAGCCAUCUCAUUCCUUCUACUGAGGAGGAUGACGGAAUUCCUGGUGCUGAGGAAACUGGGUGCCACCCGAGACUGGCUAGUCGACAUGACAUAUUUGACUGACCUGAGUGAUGAGCAUCUCUUUAAAAGUGUGGCAAAGAUCUGCUCUGAACGGCCACCUGGUGCAGGGUCAGAGUUGCGGCUGGGGAGAGAGAUCGGGAGAGAGUACCGAAGCAUCUGGGAGGCCGUAACCACGAUUUCUCCUGCUUUUGAUGUCGGAGCUGCUUUACCCGUGACAUGCCCUCCCGGGCUACUUCUGUUGUCAGCUGACACCACAGCACCAGUCCAUAAGGAGCAAGGGAUUCCUCAUAUUGGUUUAAUCCCAAUGACCUCUGAACUGGUAGAAGACUACCUUGGCAAAAUGCUUGAAGGAAUGCCCCAACUUCACAGUGAGGACCCCAGUGUUGCAUUACUGUUGAAGCUCAAAGAGUUUGAUGAGGUUGUACAUUGGCAUUCAAGAAGGCCCUUGUCGGAGAGAUGGAUUGACAGAAUGCAUAAGCUUCCAUCAGAUCCAAAGGAGAGGAAGGCAAAAUUAAGACAGCAACAAAAGCUGGUUGUGUUUGAGAGACUUUAUGCGGAGUCACUUGAGGAGAAUGCAGCAUUAACAGUUGUCAGUGGUCAUGCGGAGGCAGCUCAGAGCCCGUCAAAGUCCCACACAGGACCCGGCAAGGGAAAAGGCAAGAAACCUGGGCAAAAGAAAAGUGCGGAACUCAUUAUUGAGGCCCAGAAGCAAAAGAAGAUGGAGCAGGAAGAGAAGAAGGCCAGGGAACGAUGGGGCUCAGUUCGAGAGUCUGUUCGGAAGGAAAUUGCCCAGGACUUGGAAAAAGGGCUGAAGUCUCUGGACAAGUUUCUGCUGAACUGUGGCAGUACCCAGGUGAAGGUGGAAGCUCAGAUGGAAGGAAUUAAACACAGCUAUAAAGUCUGGGAAGAACAUUACAGAUCUACAGCGGCGUCCCUGAGAGAUAUGAAACCUACAGUGAUGCUGAUGCACAGGAUCCACAUGGUUCUGAGCCGCUACGAGGAGCAUCUGAACCCAGGACUACUAACCAAGUUGGCUUGUUACCUCAAAGAUCUUGGAUUCUUGAAUCUCAGAGAUUCACUCCUGGAAAGAAUCGGUGAACAUCAGAAAGAAAAGGUGAAGAAAGCACUGAUGAGUGAUCCCAAGGUUCCGGUUGGGUUAGGAGCAGCUCGUUUUCAUCUGAAACAUAUGGGUCCUUUUCUAAUCCGGAAUGAAAGGAGUGAUCCAGAUCCAAGAGUCCGACAUUUCAUACCGGACACAUGGCAGAGAGAGCUAUUGGAUGCAGUGGACAACAAUGAGUCUGCAUUGAUUGUUGCCCCCACCUCGUCGGGUAAGACCUACGCAUCCUAUUACUGCAUGGAGAAAGUGUUGAGGAUGAGUGAUUCGGGCAUCGUGGUGUACGUGGCACCGACAAAGGCACUUGUCAAUCAGGUGGUAGCAACUGUGUACGGGAGGUUCACCAAGAACUUACCUCAUGGAAUGGUGGUGUGUGGAUGCUUCACGAGGGACUAUCAGACCCACGUUCAUAAUUGUCAGGUGCUGGUUACAGUGCCACAGUGCUUGGAAAUUCUCCUGCUUGCCCCCCACCAACAGGAUUGGACAAAGAGAAUUCAAUAUGUGAUUUUUGACGAAGUGCAUUGCCUAGGUGGUGAGAUCGGUGCAGAAGUUUGGGAGCAUCUCCUGGUGAUGAUCCGUUGUCCUUUCCUGGCCCUGUCAGCAACCAUCAGUAAUCCGCAGGACCUGGCGCAAUGGCUGCAGUCGGUGAAGACCUACUGGGAACGAAUAGAGAGGGAUUCUGAGAGACCUUCCUCUGCAACCACCAAGCAGAUGGGCAAAAGAAAGGAACGCACUGAAAGACAGUCCUUCAAAGUGAGACUAGUCAUUUACGAAGAACGGUACAAUGACCUUGAAAAGUUUGUCUGUGAUUUUGAAGAUGGUGAAUACAAAUUUGUGCCGUAUCAUCCUUGUGCUGCCUUAACGGUCGAACAUAUGAUGAAGUACGGAAUCCCAUCUGACCUUGCACUUUCUCCAGCUGAAUCCCUUAGAUUGUACGACACAAUGGCAAGCGUUUGGCAGGACUGGCCGAGGGCACAGGAACUUGAACCGGAAAUGAACAAGUCCUUCAAGGACAAGAUUGUUAUCCGGAAAUCCGAUGUGAGAGAAUAUGAAGCUGAACUGAAGAGGGAACUUGCAGAAUGGAUUAAAAUUGGACGGACAAAGGAGCUCGAGGAUGUGCUGUUGAUGUUGGAUCCAAAAGUCAAAGGGAUUUUCGCGAUACAACACUGUGAUAACUUCCCACGUUUGGUCGAAGCGCUUCAAAAACAGAAUGGUUUGCCAGCUAUAUUCUUUGCAUUCAAAAUAGGACCAGUUGAGUCCUUCGCUAAAGGAAUACUACUUCACCUGCUUGAGAAGGCACAAGGCAAAAAGGAUCAAGAUUCUGUCAGAGCUGAACUGAAAAUAAAAAUCAGGGUGACCAAGCUAUUGAAGUAUCUGGAAAAAGAGGAAACUAUGACACAUCCCUCCAGGAAACAAGCUGAGAAACUAGAACAAUACAGGGCUGAAUAUGAAUUGUUAAUCAAGAAGUACCUGGCACUUCAAGAACUCCCUUCAGACUGCACAUUUGCCCAGAUUUCUGCAGCAGAUCAGGAGUUCUUGAACAAGGUCUUCUUCCGUUUGCGUUUCAUCAAAGGGAGUGCCUAUUACCAAACAAUGUUGCGUCGAGGGAUUGGUUUUCACCACAGCUCCCUGAAUCUCAAGUUUCGGCAUGCUGUCGAGAUGUUGUUCAGGCGCGGCCUUGUCAAGGUCAUCAGCUCCACAUCAACUCUGGCUCUAGGAAUCAACAUGCCUUGCAAGACGGUUGUUUUUCUUGAAGAUUCAGUCUACCUGGACUCUCUCAACUACAGACAGAUGUCAGGAAGAGCUGGCCGUCGAGGGUUGGACAAUGCAGGGAGCGUGAUUUUCUACGGAGUGCCGUUGCCCAAAGUGCAGAGACUGUUGAAGGCCAACAUUCCAGAGCUGAGGGGCCAGUUUCCCUUGUCCAUAUCCCUGAUACUCCGCCUCAUGCUACUGGCAUCUAAAGCCAGCGACAAAGUUGAUGCCAAAGCCAAGGUAUUGUCAGUCCUACAGUACUCCCUGAUGACCUUCAAUCAGCCCAGAAAACAGAACAUUGUCAAAUUCUACUUCCUCUUCUCUCUUCAGUUCCUCCUCAGAGAGGACUUUCUGGAUCAAGAAGGUCAGCCUCAGGGACUAGCGGGCUUGGUGAUGCAUCUCCACUACCAUGAGCCUGCCAACUUUGUUUUUAUCCAUUUACUGGUACGAGGCCUUCUACAUGAACUCUGCCGACCCGUGAACCCAGGUUCCAAAGUGUUUUCAGAAGAUGUGAUGGAGACCUUAGUUCUCAUCCUGGCCAAUCUCUUUGGGAGGAUGCGUCUGCCAUCAGUUUUGUGGGAGCGGAAGCCAACCUUUGGACAGUCCAAGGUAUUCCUGGACGAUCUCCCGGAAAAGUUUGCAGCGUCUGUGAAUGAAUACAACCUGAAUGCAAUCCAUGUUUUUGGAAACUUCCUGCUCACUAUCUCCCAGCAGGCUGACCUAGAGGCUGAAUUCAAGCUCCCCCUCACUAACACAACAUUUCCACAUCCCCAGGAGCAGGAGGGAGACGAUUUCACCGCAGAGUUGUCCAAAUACUUAAAUGGUCCGGUCACAGCAGUGUCACCGUUCGCCAGCUUGUCCGGUCACACUGACCAUGACCUGUUCAAGUGUUGUGAUAUAGAUCAAAUUAUCUUCCGCACACUUGGAAUUCAUACGAGCAACAUUCCCACUCUGCCUUUGAAGUACUACGACACACAGGGCAGACAUACGCCACUUAAUGCCUAUGCCCUCGACUUCUACAAACAUGGCAGCUUAACUGCUUUGACCACUGACAACGGAAUUAAUCAAGGAGAGGCAUACAAUCGGAUCAAAGAUUUCUCAUUGGUGAUUGCUGCAAUCAGAACCUCAUCACUCAUCCUACCCAUGUCAUUGGUACCUACAUGGACCACAACUUCUGGCUGUUCACCCUCCCGCUUAAGAAUGCUGAGGACUCAAUCUGAGAUAUCCCGGAUCCUGGCACCCAGGGAGUACGUCUCUAGCGGACUUGUGCGACAGGGAUGACGACCCUGUUGUAUUAGCUUUUCAGCAGCUCACAGAGGAUUACUGUGCUAAGCUUCACAAAGUUUCCAGCUAAUGCACUGAAGAUUCCAACACCAUCAUCAUUGAAUGCGGUAUAGGAAGGCAUGGGGACAGUUCUGAGCUACGAUAAGAUUCUGUCUCGUGGGCAAAGGAAACAUUUCAAAGACAUCAAAAUCAUCCUGAAGAAAUCCAACAUGACAUCUAAAUACAUUGACCUCAAUAGAUACGCCCGGAGGAAAUCUGUUCAAGAAGGAGCUGCGCUACAUGAGAGCAACCUCUGCUGUGCCUUAGAGAACAAGCAAAAGGAGAGGCUGAAAACCAAAAGACCCAGUCACUAAACACAGCCACCACUUACUCUUGUCCACACUGCACUGGCCUCUCCAGCCAGCUGGGGACACAGCAAUAGAAAACUCCUUAGCAGAACCUCAUACUCAACCUGAGUGAGCACUCUACCGCUAAGAUCCUUAGCUGAUCCGGGUCCAUGGACUCAACUUGGUUCGGAAUGCUGUAGCGUGCUUCUAUUGUUUGCAUGAUUUGUGUUUUAUUUGUCUUUCUCUGCACAUUGUGUGUUAAUUUUUUUUAAUUGAGUUCUUUUGAGUUUAUUACUUUGCAGUUGUCUGUAAGCAAACAAAUCUCAGAGUUGUAUAAUUUAUAUAUUCUUUGACGUUAAGUGUACUUUGAAUCUGAUCUGCCUCUUCCCUUCAGUGCCAGAUAAUAAUGUGUUGCAAAAAUUACACACUGAUAGAUAACCAGACAGACUUCAUAUUUUUCCCGGGGUUUAAGUGUCUAAUAGUAGACGACAUGAGUUUAAGGUGAGGGGGGUAAUUUCAAAGGAGAUGUAAGGGCCAAGUUUUUCACGCAGAUGGUGCUGGGACCUGGAGUGUGCUGCCUGGCUUGGUGCUAGAGGCAGAUAUAUUAGAGGCUUUUAAGAGACGUUGAGAUAGGCACAUGAAUGAGAAAACUGGAAGGAUAAUGGCCAUUAUUAGUCCACUCCCUGUUUAGUUGGACAUUUGAUUACUAAUUUAAUUGAUUUGGCACAUUGUGGGCCGAAGAGUCUUCUCCUGUGCUGUACUGUUCAAUGUUCUAUGAUUGCUUCUGAUUUUGGGGAUAUUUGUUAUCAAUAUAUUGGAAUAAAGUUGCACUAAUUCACUUACACCUUCAGGAAGAAGCCAUUCAGCCCCAGUAGGCCAACUUUUCGAGCCUGUCUAUCCAGUUGGCGGCACAAAGGAUAGUAGUUAGCUUAGCGCAAUCACAGCGCCAGCGAUCACCGAUCAGUAUUCGGGAUUCAAUUCUGUGGCGUCUGUACCCUAUGACCGUAGGAUUUACUUCUGGGCUCUCUGGUUUUCUCGCACGUUUCUCCCAUGUGUACGGCUUAGGGUUAAUAAGUUGCAGACAUGCUACAUUGGCACUGGGAAUAUGGCAACAUUUGAGGGCUGGCCACUACAAUGCUUGCAGAUUGAUUUGACUCAAACAACACAUUUCACUCCAUGUUUUGAUAUACGUACAUGUGUGAAAAAACAUUAAUCUUUUAAAAUUUUUUUGAAUAAAAUCAAACUCGAGAAUA